GUGAAAUAUAGUACGUAGGUGGAGGUAUUUCCUCUACUGGGCCAAUCUUGUUAAUGAUUCAGAUAUUCACAGAGACUUUUUAUUGGUUCAUUUUUUAUCUUUAUUACAGAUCUGCGUCGCCGUAUAUAGGUAUUCAAUAUUUACAUAGGGAUGGUGGAGCAUGUGACCGAUGUAAGCAGGAUAACAGUAAAGAUGAUGCUAAGAGCCUGCUUGUCUAAAGAGGAUCAUGAAUCCUCUAAAGCACCGGCUGAGCUGGUCCCUGACGGUGACCCCACAGCGCCAGUCACCCACUGUACAGCUGAGCUCAACGGAGAUCUCUGGUUCCCUGAGGCCUCUGAGCUGCGGAGGUUAACCCCGGGUCUGUUUACACCUGACAUUCUGUUACAAGACCAAACUGAGCACUGAAAAGCACAUUUACUGAGGUGCCAGUACAGCUCUCUAAUACUUUUACUUUACCUUAUUGUGGUAUGUGGGAGACUUUUCAUGUCAUUUAUCGUUUUAUGAAGCUGUAACUGCUUACAUGGGGCUUUUAGAUUAUUAUAUUCACCUCAUUAGGCAUUUUUACAGUAUUUGAUAAAUACCACCACUAAAACCAUGGUAAUAAUCUAACAAUUUAAAACUUUAUGCUCAAUGGAGGACAUUUUUUCUUUCUCUCUUCGCUACAAUCCCUGUUUUUCUGUCAAGUGUGUCUGUCGCACCUACAACCUCAGUUGUCCUGGAGACGAACAGACCGGUCCAUCCAGUUCCUCCGUGCUGGGUCGGAAUCCGUCACCGUGCCGUCUGAUGCUGGCGGAAGUGUCAAGAAUGUGCUGGGAAGAGCUUUAAUACUUUGACUGCCUGACGGUGCUGAACAUGCAGCUCAGCUCUGUGCUCAGGGGUAUCAUUAAUGAGUUUUAAAUAGAAUUAUCUGUAAUACCUGAACCAAACUUAUCAUGUGGAAGAACGUGUUUCUAAGACAGCAGUGUAUUACCGGACAUUCAAUGUGCAUUGUCUCAUUUUACAUUUUAUAUUCCCUGAUGAAAGCGGAGAUCUUCAGAUCAGGGGAAAUAAAGCCAAGAGCUGAAUAAAUAUAGUUGGAACAUUUCUUGUAUUUUGGGUGAACUGCUCCUUAACAAUGCACGUUUACAUCAGAUGUUAAUUCCAAACCAUAACAUCAAAUGAUUUCAGCACUGCCACGUCCAGCCAAACAGACCAGCCACCCAUCACAGUGUCUGACAGGAGAUUGAAGAGCUUUGAAAUGGUCUAAAUCAACCAGUGACUGUUGUUCCUGAGAGAAAGCUGAGAGAGCACUUAAGCAAAGGAUAUUUAAGAACAUCGGCUGUGAUAUCGUGGCCUACUUUAAAUAUGAGUCAUUGUCACUCAGGUUAGUUUUCAUACAUUGUAUUUGAACUAUACGCUUGAACUGCUAUUUCUGAUUUUGAAAAAAGGUUAAUGCAGUUUCAGCUUUAGCUUUCCUCCCCAUGUGACUAAUGUGCCGCUGUGUUUACCUAUCUUUUUCCACUAGAUGUCACUUGCCCGCUGUUACUGCUGAAGUUGAGUCCAUGUCAAUGUGUGGAGCAACAGAGAAGCUGCAGAUGAGUAUUAUAGUUUGAAUGGCACCAGCCUCCACAGCCCUCUGAACUGCAGUAAACUCCAUAUUUCACCUGUCGUGACAUUAAAAAGUGAUGAAAAGGAACCUUCUUUAUAUUUCAUAGAAAGCACUUUGAAACGUGUUUUGUAAAGAAUAACAUUAAAAAAGGAUUAUCAAUAACAUCCAUCAUUAAAGCCAAUGAACCAGUCACCAUUACUGAUUUAUCGCGAUUUAAAAAUUAACAUUAUGGACAGCUUUUUAAUCACAAUAUAGACAGGAUUCUGUUAGUUAGCCCAAUUCCCAGACUUAUUAAUGGUUUCUUGAAAUAAACCGUAUAGUCUGAUGUGAAUAAAACAAUAGUCAUCUAUCAUAUCAGUGAUAAAUUAUGUGAAUAAACAUUUAAAUAUCGAGGAAAUUUGUAUCACAUCAUGAAACACAAUAAUGCUGAAAAAGAUAUUGGAUGAAUAAAGAGUAGUCCUAAUGAUUCAUAUUUGAUUCACACAUGUUAUGUGUAAGUUAUAAUAAUAUAUAAUAUUUGGAAACAUUAGUUUUUGGUGAUCUGGUGUCAUCCUGUGCUCAAAGAUUAGUUUCUGUUGUUAGCUCUCUUUAAUUAGUUAAGUAUACGCUGGCAAGCAAAGUGGAUUAGAACUUCAGAAGGCUUUCAUACAGACGCACAGAAAGCUGAUUGGCUACAACACACACACACACACACACACACACACACACACACACACACACACACACACACACACACACACACACACACACACACACACACACACACACACACACACACACACACACACACACACUGAUACUUGCAAAGCCUUUUCAGUAAACAUACUUUCCGUGCCUGCGUGCUUGGUGGAUGCAGCACAUCCUGGCUAUGGCGUCUAUGGGAUAUGUUACAGGUAUAUUUUGACAGACAGACAUGGGAAACUAUAACAGCUCCACAGUGGAGGAACUACAAGCUUGUGAGAGUCAUCAGUGGUACAGAAAAUUCAUGACCGAGUGCCCGUCCGGAGUUCUCACCUUCUACGAGUUCAAGCAGUUUUUCGGCCUGAGGAAUCUGUCGGACACAUCAAACGCCUACAUCGAGACCAUGUUCACCACGUUUGACAUGAAUGACGAUGGUUACAUUGACUUCAUGGAGUAUGUGGCUGCACUGAGUCUGGUGCUGAAAGGAGGAGUGCAGCAGAAGCUCCGCUGGUAUUUCAAACUGUAUGAUAUCGAUGGGAGUGGCUGCAUCGACCGCGAGGAGCUGCUUCAGAUUAUUAAGUCCAUUCGAGCAAUCAAUGGAAUCCCUCAGGAGAUGUCCGCAGAGGACUUUGCCAACAUGGUGUUUGACAAGAUUGACAUCAAUGGAGACGGUGAACUGUCCUAUGAGGAGUUCAUAGAGGGGGUCCUGAACGACGAAAUGCUCCUGAAGACGCUGACGGAGAGUCUGGACCUGACACACAUAGUCCAAAAGAUUCAAGGAGAGAUUAGGGCCAACAUUUAGGACUUCCAACUGUUUACAGACUUUUACAUGACUGUGCCACAGCAGAAUGAGUGAAAAUGCGGUUUCAGGAUAAUCCACAAACUUUAAAAUGCAAAGUAUAUGACCAAAUACGCCAUAUGAUUAAAACAUGAGUAGAUAUUCACAGCCAAAAACAAACAUGGUAUCAGGUGCAUGAAGUUAAUAACACGUUCUUUGAAUCUUCUGAUAAACACCAGCUGAAAUGAAACACCACGAUUUCUGUCCAACGACCAUUAAGUGCUUUAUAUGCAUGAACUUGUUGCAUGUUGUUUAACAGUAAACACAUGAUGAACUAUCUGCAGCAUUCAGAGAUGCUAACUCACCUGAUUGUAGUGUGUUAUAUAGAGUAGACUGUUAUCCUUCCUUUGAACCAACACAGAGAAGUGUGUACUUUUGUAAAGCCUUCCCAAACAUUUUUGAACAGGUCUGAUAUGAUGUAGUCACUGAGCACUAGCUUUAAUAUAUAUUUUAAAAUGUUUGUCAGCCUCAGAUUUCUUACUUACAUAAGCAAAUCAAAUCAGGAAAUAAAACUUAUUUAUAGUUCCUCAUAGUAGGAGUCUUCCGUGUUCGCACCAAUUCCUCAAACAGUCACUGUGCUUGUGUGUGUGUGUGUGUGCGUGUGUGUGUGUGUGUUUCAGAUUCUGACUACCUCAAAUUGUACCUGUAGGUGACUCAUCUGUCCUUAUUGUUGUACAGUGUUGAUUUCCUUCUCUCUGCUUCCUUGUAUUUUCCGAGUCCAACGGACGUAAUUUCCCAAUAAAAACUCUGAUAUUAUUGAGACAAAGCAGAGAAAUGUUUGUUUAGUGUUAGUAUAUAAUAACUUUAAAUAUGUAGUGUGAUACAAAAAUAUACUUUUCUGUAUUUUCACAUUUGAAGAC